AUGAAUUCUUUAUUUUUGACGUUUUUUUUUCUUUGUCAUAUUCUCGCUUUCUUUCUUUUACCCAUCCUUUCUUUCAUUCAUUAUCUCUUUCUUUCUCUAUUUUGUUGCCCCCCUCCUUUUUGUUUUUCUCUCACUAAUUUUUAUCACUUUUCUUAUAUGAAGUUUUCUUUCUGGAAUUCUUUUUAUAUCUCUUGUUCACCCACUUGUUUAAUCAAUCUCUUCUUUUUUCACUCACUCCUUCUUUUACCCUCUCAUUUGCCCACCCCUUUACUUUCUGAAUUGGUUAAUGUAAUCUUUUUUCUUUCUUUUCCUUUUUUCUCUCUUUCUUUUCUUUUCUCUCUCUCUCUUUCUCUCUCUCUUUCUUUCUCUUUCUUUCUUUUCUUUUUUUCUCUUUCUUUCUCUUUCUUUUCUCUCUUUUCUCUUUCUUUCUCUUUCUUUUCUUUUCUUUCUUUCUUUUCUCUUUCUUUUCUUUCUCUCUCUUUCUUUUUCUUUCUCUUCCCUUUCUUUUUUCUUUCUUUCUUUCUUUCUCUCUCUCUUUUCUUUCUUUCUCUCUCUCUUUUCUCUCUCUCUUUCCUUCUCUCUCUCCUCUCUCUCUCCCUUUUCUCUCUCUCUCCUUCCUCUCUCUCUCUCCUUCUCUCUCUCCUUCUCCCUCUCUCUCUCUUUUCUCUCUCUCUCUCUCCCUUUCUUUCUUUUCUCUCUUUCUCUCUCUCUUUCUUUUCUCUUCUUUCUUUUCUUUCUUUUCUUUUUUUCUUUUCUUUUUUUUUCUUUCUUUCUUUUUCUUUCUUUUUCUUUCUUUCUUUUCCUUUCUCUCUUUUCUCUCUCUCUCUCUCUCUCUCUCAAGAAUAA